CUUAUUUUCUAUAUUUUAAAAUGCCUCUUAUUACACAAAAUGAAUCAAAUACAUCACAAUUUCCUUUUCAUGUGUCUAACCUUCCUUUGGCAGUGAUAAGUUUAGUUGUAUUCAUUUUUUUUACAAUUCUUAUAGCUAUUCGCGCGUACAGAUCAAGAUCUCGAAAAUUUAUUUAUAUACUGUCAUUCACUGGUGUAAUGGAAGCUGUUGGAUAUAUCUUUAGAAUCAUGUGUCACAACAAUGCAAAUAUCACAAACUACGCUGUUAUGCAAUUCUUCUUAAUCGUAUCCCCUAAUGCCUUGGCGUUAGUCAAUUACAGAGCCCUUGGUGAAGUCAUUCGAUUAUCUGAUGUAACUCCAAAGCAUUUUUAUCUUCGACGUAAAUUUGUUUCCUGGUUCUUUCUUUGUAGUGAUUAUUUUGCUUUCAUUUUACAAGGUUCAGGUGGAGGUAUGCAAGCUACAGGUAAUGCUGGAAUGGCUAAUAUUGGCAAAGCUAUAGCUUUAGUGGGUCUUGCAAUUCAAUUAUUCUUUUUUUUCUGUUUUGGCUAUAUCACAAUUUAUAUUCGUCGCAACCCCAGAUACCAAUAUCAAGUAGAAAAUCAAUCAAAUCCUAAAGCAAGAUUAACUACUUGUCUUAUUAUCACACUGCUUUUGCUUUAUAUUCGUAAUAUUUACCGUGUUGCUGAAUUCGCUGGUGGUUAUGAUGGUGUGAUUGCUACUACUGAAUGGGUAUUUUAUGUCUUUGAUACUCUUGUCGUUUUUCUUUGCUUUGUUGUUUACAAUAUUCUAUUUAUCGCCAACUAUCUUCCAAAACCUGGUUCUGCAUUCGAUAUUACUGUUUCAAAAUUGCCUUCCUCUUCAUCAAGUUUAGAAAUGGAUGAAGCUCGAGGAAAUUGCAACAACAAAAAUGAAAAUUAUUAAUUUAAACUUAUUUAAUCAUCAAGAAUCUGUAUUAUGUAAAUAAAC